AAUGUAUAAAAUACAGAAUCUGAUCGAGCCAGCGAUGCGUGGCAUGGUUAUAUAAAAACAGAACCAAGUUUCCAUCAAGUGAAAACAAUUUGCAAAAUCUAAUAUAGCAAAUGGAUAGUUAUUUUAGAGAAGCAAACUUUGGAAAUGAAAGAGAAAGAGGAAGUGGUUCUUCUUCUUCAUCAUCAUCAAGGAAAGGGAAGAAGAGCAAUUCAGAUCAUAAACCAAAACAACCACAAAGAGGACUUGGUGUUGCUCAAUUAGAGAAAAUUAGAUUACAUACUCAAUUUCCACCUAACACAUCUCAUUUCAACAUUAUUAAUAAUGAAGAUCCAAGAGUGAUGCAAAUGCCAUAUUCAUCAUACUCAUCACCAAAUUCAUAUGCCUUCCAACCCCACACUAUGAUGGGCCUACCAGAAUAUGAAAGAACAAACAUGAGAUAUGGAGAUUCUCAGCCAAGAUGGCAACAUGGCAAUGCUAUGAUGCACCAAUCUUCUUCUCAAACCAACAUAACUCGACCCUUUCUAAACUUAUAUGACUCACAAGACAUAGAUAUCAAGAAGCAUAGGAGUGGUUCCUUGGAUUCAGAAUCAAGUAACACCCAGGAGCUAGAUUUGGAGCUCAAAUUAUCUUUGUAGUACAUGAUCAAAUGUAGUUGACUCUCAUAUUUAAUGCUUUUAUUUACGAUUCAGAAUUGUAAAAGUUCAACAAAUUAAUGAACAACACAAUAUAAGUGUUUUUUUUUAAUGGUUUUA